GAACAAAAUAUAGUUGUACUUGUACCUCAUUUAUUGAGAAAAUUUUAGUAUCAAAUGUAUUCAUGCAAAUUCAAAUGACCUAGGGAUGAAUUAUCCACUCCAUGAAGCAUUGCACCUUGCUGAUGAAAAGCUUGUGCUCAAAGCUGUGAAGCUUCAUCUAUCAAAGGGAAUCAAUCCUAAUUUGCAGGAUGCAAGUGGCCGUUCUGCUCUUCACCUGGCUGCAGAGCGCAACUUCACAUUGGUUGUAGAGGCUCUCUUGGCGUCUGGAGGCUGCCCAUUGCUACAUGAUCUAUCAUACUCCAGUCCAAUUGAUGCUGCUGCAGCUACUGGAGCCAACCAGGCCCUUGCUAUUCUACAUGACUCUCUCAAUGAUACCAACUCUGAUGAGCUGGAUGUGCAUGAGCCUGCCACUCUCACAUUCUGGCGCAGAGGAGCAGUUGUUAUCCCCAAUAGCUACCACCUGACUUCUCUGGACGGGAGCUUCCAAUCGUGUGUGACAUCUGUUGCAAACUGGGUACUGCAAUGUGGCAAUGCCUCCCAAAAUUUCACAGUGCCAUCACGACCUGUUCCUUCUUCUGUCGCCUCCCAGGAACAAAAUCUCCCAAACAACGCCAUGAGUGGUUUGGAUUCGCUCACCAUUUAUGAUGAUGAAAAUUCGUACUCUGGCGCAUGGAAUACACGUACUGAUAUGUCGGAGAUUUCUUGUUUUGAGCCAGAUAAUACGCUGCAAACAGUCCUCAACAAUGCAUUUUUAAAACCGAAUGAUUAUUUGAGCUUUUUUAGUUAUCUUGACCAGUGUUCUGAAUUGAAGGAGUCAAUAGUGUCUGAUAACAUUUUAGAAAAAUCUUGUGGGUUUAUCAUGAAACAUAACGAAAAGAAUAAAAUCUCGCGCGUUGACAGUUACCACUGAAGCACAUGUGUCGAUCACGUACACUGAAAAAUAUACAUCUAAAGUUGUAUGUAGUCGUGGUGAAGAAGAUAUGUGUGUCCGUGGUAGAGAUUUAUUUGAGUCUAUCAAUAAAUGUGGAGCAGUUUUGUUUUCUAAAGAUGCUAGCACUGAACCCAAUGAUGCAUCUAAAAUGCUGCCUCCAAAAUAUCCACGUAUUUCUAAAACGUCCAUGCCCAAUGGUUUGCAAUUUCCUGGCGAUGGGAAGAAACCAAGUCAGUUAAAUAUGGUCCAUGCCUCUGGGUUGAAACAAGGAAAUGAGGAUAUAACUCCAGCUGUGGUUAAUGCAAGUGCUUUGUCAUGGAAAAAUGUAGGCCAGAAUCGAGAUGUGGUGCCUUUUGCUUUGGAUUUCACGAAAAAAUUUAGUCAAGUUUAUUGUUCUACGAACAGAGUGACUAGCAAUGAGGAUAUGAACAACAACUAUGAAAUUCUUUCGAAGCCUUCCGUUCAUGAGGUUUCUAGUAGUGAUGAAAGUCGAAACGCCACUAAAGUCAUAAACUGUUGUGAUAAAGAGAUAAAUAACUCUUUUAAAAUCUGUAAAAUUUGUACCAGUAAAACAAUUACAGAGUCAUUUGAUGUAAAUAAUUCGAACAAUAAAAAUGAGGUACGUGAGAUGGACUUACCAGGUUGCGAAGCUGACCUCUCCACUAAAUCGGUUGAAAUCAUCGAUCAUCCAGAAAGCAUUAAUAAAAACGAGUUUUGUGAAAAGGAUUCACGGUGUUUGAGUAACUGCCCCAUCACAUUCCGAAAUCGCAAAAAAUUUCCCAAAAAUUUUACCAUUUCAUUAGAUGUGAAUGAUAUAUUUGAAAAGAGGGAAGGGGAGGAAUAUCAAGAGAGUUCCGGUGGAUUUAGCGCAGCGCCAACAGUCUCCUUAGUUGAAGAAUAUAUUUACGAAGAUAAGGUCAAUGGCAUAAAGCUAAUUGAACGAAGAGGUCCGACUUCCACUUGCGGUUCGGGGACUUGCUGCUUGAGUGCUCUUUCAAGAAUGCUCAGCAUCUCAGAGGCCCAUUGUUCAUUCGCUGAAAACCCAGGCUGCAGUGCUGUCAACAACCCUGACUCUAGACAUGUAAGUGUUGUCAACAACCCUGAUUCCCAUAUAAACUCCAAGAGCAACUCUGUCAGCAACGUUAGCAGUGCUCUGACCAGUUUGCCUGCAAGCAUUAUUGAAUUGUCUACUCAAGCUUUAAAGCAGCAGCUGAUAGAAGCUAAAACGCCCGUUCUGGGACCCAUCUCUGACGGUACCGUCAAAAGCUACAAACGCCUUCUUCAUCGCCUUAGAAAAGGCUGUACUGAUGGUGUCCAAGAGGGUAAAGAUGUGGUCUACCCUCGCGAGCUGCAGCAAGCUCUCCUGCAUCCGGACAAGGUUCCUUGGGACAGGUAUGUGGAGUUGGAGCAAAUUGUGAGCCGUGCUUUUUCGCAACCUCGUUCCGUGGAUUACUGGCGUGGGGGAACUGCUCGUGUGUGUUUCAACUACCUGUUGUUGGAUCCAUCAGUGACGUGUGACCUGCCAGUGCGAGUCCACUCGCUCGGUCCACAAGAGGUUUUCCAGGUGUUCAUAUCUUCAAUAUUCUACGUCGGGAAAGGCACCAAAAAUCGCCCCUACGCACAUCUAUACGAGGCUUUGAAACUUUUCAACGCCGAGGAGCAUCAUGGUAAUUCACGCAGCACGAAGAUCAGCGCCCAAGCACAACGUGUUGCCAAACUCUGGCGUGAAGGCAACGGCGUUGUUUCUCUGAACUUUUUCCAUCACUCCAUCUGCGCCGAGGCUCUUACCAGAGAGGCUGCUAUUAUUGAUGCUAUUGACUGCAAGUGGUUUAUGAGGCGGGUGGUCAGUGGUGAACAACCGAGUCCUCAAAAAACGGAUCCGAAGAAGAAGAAGACUGCAAGUGCGUAA